AUGUCUUAUCUGUGUUGUUCUAUCUAUCUAUCUAUCUAUCUAUCUAUCUAUGAAGUGAGAGACAGAGAGAGUGUGACUCUAAUCUCUCUCUCUCUCUCUCUCUCUCUCUCUCUAUCUAUCUAUCUAUCUAUCUAUCUCUCUCUCUGUGGACUCUUGACAAAGCCCCUAUCUAUCUAUCUAUCUAUCUAUCUAUCUAUCUAUCUAUCUAUCUAUCUAUCUCAUCAUUCUUUCUCGGAUUUCAAUAGAAACGAUUCUUCUUCUUCUUCUUCUCUCCUUCUUCUUCUUCUUCUUCUUCUUCUUCUUCUUCUUCUUCUUCUAUGUGCUCCUAUGAUAUAUAACUUCUGUACUUUGUCUUUUGUUUGUUUGUUCAUUCAUCUAUCUAUCUAUCUAUCUCAUUCCUUUCAUAUCUAUCUAUCUAUCGAUCGAUCUCUCCUCUAUCUUCUAUCUAUCUAUCUUUUAUAG